AUGCCCCGAGCUCCCUCAUCGCGGCCACAACAAGCAACCAAGGCCAACGGGGUCACCCCGUUGACUGCGUCGACAGCGUCGAAUGCCAGGUCGAUCUACUCCUGCGAGCCGUGUAGGAGGCGAAAGGUCAAGUGCGAUCGCAGCACCAAUUGUCGCAACUGCGUGAGGAGAGGCGAAACGUGUGUCUGGCGCCAAACACCUCCCUUGCCAUCUGCCGAGGGAUUGCAACCGGAACCCUCCGAUGGCCAGUCUCUGGCGCAUCGAGUGGCCUAUCUCGAGCAAUUGAUCCGGAGCGCAGGCUUGGAUGCUGCAAAGACAACAGGGAAGCAUGCGUCGCAUACCAGCUCAAUCACGGCGACAGUGCCAUCACCACCCUCUUCGCCCAAGUCGCCCCCCGUGGUGCCGCCUGUCACGCUAGCCAUCUCGGACCUUGUUGAGCCUCGCAUCGACUCUCCCAACGUAGAGGUGAAUCUGCACGACCGAUUCGACCAUCAGAUCCUCACAGCCGCCAGCGGUGCUUCAGACUCGUGUAUUGCGCGUGCACAGCCUCUGCUGCAGCUGCUCCCACAACGAGGCCGCUGCGAUGCUCUCGUGGACAUGUACUUUGAAACGCUCGAAUGGAUCCACCAUCCCGUCCACGUACCCUCUUUCACUCACUGGUAUCGACAGCUGUGGAAGCAAGGCCUCGUCAGCCGUCACUGUGUGCAACAACUCGCCCUCUUGUUUUCUAUGCUUUGCCUUGCAGCUCACUUUGGACUCGACGACAACGACAACGAUCAUGGCCGCCACGAGACGGUCUCGCCUAAUUCGCCUUCUGAGCCUCAGGAUCGCCUGUUUUAUCAAGCAAGCUACGACGCCCUCGUUGCAUCGGCCUACUUAGGACAUCACAGCUUAGCUGUAAUCCAGACGCUGAUCCUGCAAGGCCUCUACCUCAACAACACCGGACAAACCACCACCCACCAUGCUAAUCUGGGCCUAGCCAUCCGCAUUGCCAAUACAAUGGGACUUUCGUCGCUCGAUGCCGAUCAUUCCCAAGACAAGACGCUGGCAGCGAUUUCCGCCUCGAACUCAUCGCGCGACGAGCUCGAGACCGAGAUGGGACGUCGAAUCUACUGGAGUCUCGUCUGCCAAGACUGCUACACGGCUUCAUCGUGCAACUUUACCUACAGCAUACAACCUAAUCAGAUCAAGACACGCGUGUUUUCCAAUCUGCGCGACGACAUGCUGGUCGAUCUACGCUCCGCCAGUGGACGCCGAGAUGUUACCGCCAAGCAAGGCUCAGAGCAAGAACAAGCUCUUCCGGACUCGACUCCAACUACAUCCAGCUACCACAUUGCCAAGAUCCCGUUCGCCCUCACGGCUCGUAAGACGAUUGAUCUGCACAAUGAGGGUACCCUCACCUACGAAGCUGUUCUACAGCUCGAGCAAGAGAACUGGAGUCAUUUUCACACUCUCCCGCACUUUCUCCGCCUCGACAAACCGGAGCAAGAGGUUCGUGACGCCACCCAUCUUUUGGGAUGGGGACGUGGGCAUACCGAGCGGUGGAAGCCAAGUCGCAUGUAUCGGCAGCAGAUACAAUGGCAGCGACUCUUUCUCGGCAUUACGCUCCACAAUCGUAUCCUGAGGCUACACAGGCCCUUCCUCACCCGAGCCUAUACCAAUCCUGCAUUUUCGACCUCUAAAAUCUCGGCUCUCGCUUCAGCACGCCACCUGCUUUCUCUGGCCGAUCACGGCCGCAAGAUCGCAUUUCCCGGGUUGCGAUGGUGGGUAGUUCUCGUGCAUAUCUUCACUGCAGCCAUUGCACUGUGCAUCGACUUGCAUUUUACAAACGUGUACGGUGCAGGUAUCGUCGGUGAUGACCUGGAAGGCACCCAAGCAGAAAACAUCCGGCUCAUCCAUCUGUCGAUCGACAUUCUCCAAGCAGCUUCUGUGCGUAGCAAGGCUGCCAGCAGAGCGCUUCACAUUGUCACCACGCUGUUCGAGCAAGCCCAAGUCUUGCCGCACACCAGACCAAGCAAGAGGAGCAAGAGGCAGCACAGACAAAGACAAGAGUCAAACGCAAGCAGAAAUAUGCCUUUCGAUCAAGCUUCUUCAAGCUCACCUGCUAGCACGCUCAACGGUGACGGUUCUGCAUCGACAUCGAUGCCCGCGGGUGGGAGCGGCACGCCGGCGACAGCUAGCUUUGAGACCUGGCUCGGUUCUGAUUGGUCCUCGUUGCUCGACGUCAACGGCCCUGCUUCUCUCACUCCUAUUACCACAGACGUGCUCACUGCAGAUCUAAUUCAGGCGAUCAAUGCUUUUGUGUCUUCAGACGGCCUCGACGCUCCUGCAUGA